CAGGGACGGAGACCCAUGCCUUCCUCCCGCUCUGACGGCACUCUCCACCGCACGCGUUCAUGUUCUCACUCUUCGUCGGAGCGACCCUUUAAUCUUACAGUGUAUCUGUUGUACCGGCCAUGAAUGUCAGAGGAUUGGCUGCAGCCCUGAAUAGCAACGGACGUUAUGCGUACAAGAAGCCCGAGUUUGCGGUAGACUACCUGGUCGUUGGAGGAGGUGUUGUGGGCUUGGCCAUUGCCCGUCAACUAGUGCAGUCAUUUCCGUCAAAGGCGACGUUUUUGGUGGAGAGACAUGACAGGGCUGGAGAGGAAAUCAGCUCUCGGAACUCCGAGGUUGUUCAUGCAGGUCUAUAUUACCCUGCAGACUCACUGAAGACGCGUCUAUGCAUCCGAGGGAGGCACCUCAUGUACGAGUAUUGUCAAAAACACAACGUCCCGCAUAAGAAGGUCGGCAAACUGGUCGUUGCCCGGGACGAUCAACGGCCGUACAUUGAGGGCCUCCAUGACAAAGCCGGCAAGAUGGGCUGGCCCCGCCGCUCUCCCCCGUCCCUCGCGCAGACUCCAGCGCUACCCACGCACCUCAUCAACGGCGAACAGGCCCGCGAACUCGAACCCGACUUAUCCAAGAGCAUCGUCGCUGCGCUCUGGAGCCCCGAGACGGGCAUUGUGGACUCGCACGAGCUCAUGGACAGCUUUGAGGCCAACAUCACCGAUGGGGGCGGAGAGGUUGCCUACCAGACUCGCGUGGUCCGAGUCGAUCCUUACAAGCCGGAUGCGAGCUCGGGGACCGGUCUGAAAGACAGCGGAUGGGUAGUGCAGACGGUCACGGGAGAAGGGGACAGCGACGCAAUGCUCGCCCGAACUGUGAUCAACUGCUCAGGGCUCGCUGCACAUCUCAUAUUGAACUCGCUGCUCCCCAAGGAGUCCCGCAUACCCAUGUACUAUGGCCGAGGCUCGUACGCGUCGUACCGGGGGCCGGGUAUCAAGAACGUCUCUCAUCUCAUAUACCCGUGUCCUGACACUGGACGCACCGUACACGGCUUCCAAUCGCUGGGCACACACCUUACCCUCGACAUGCAAGGGAAGAUCAAGUUCGGGCCCGACCUAGACUGGCUGCAACCGUCCUCCCAGGACGACGGUGACAUCGUCUAUGACGCCGACCCCGACUUCUGGCAGAGUCGUCUCAUCCCUGACGAGAGCCGGAUGGGACAGAUGAUCGACGCGGUGAAGCAAUACCUGCCCGAGAUCAAUCCAGAGGGCUUCCAGCCAGACUAUUGCGGUGUCAGACCGAAGUUGGUCGGGCCACAGGGCGGUUUCAGGGAUUUCGAGUUCCAUACUCACUAUCCACACACAUUCCUAGGCCCACACAUGGACCCCGGGAGGAGCCGCAAACCGAUGAUCAGCCUGCUUGGCAUUGAGAGUCCAGGGCUGACGUCAAGUCUUGCAAUUGCGGAGAAAGUCGUAGAGGAUAUGCUAUGCGGGGAGAACGGGCAGGCGACGGAGUAGAUCCAAGUAAUAUAUCAGGAUGGAAAGUACAGAUAUUUCUAUGCACCCCGCUGAGCGACCUUCGGCUCCCAAGCCUCGUACUUGGGCUUCGUCGUGUUGUAAGACUUGUAUGCGCCCCGCGUACCGGUCAGGUUCUCAUA